CGCCAGCGGCCGCAGGAAGGAAUUCAUUGAGGCUCCGCCGCCCAAGGUGAACCCGUGGACCCGGAGAGUGAGCGGGAGCGGCGUGGAGACCGAGCCAGUUAACAUAGUCUCAAAUUUGCAUGGACGUGGGCCGAUCCUUGGAAGUGCAGUGCCUGGCUGUAAUUGCUCGGUUCAGGGUAAAAAAAUGCCAGCACCGGCCAAAGUUGUCAAAGCAGGAAACCCAAGACCAAAGAAAGGAACCAAGGUCAGCGAUUUUGGUGACACCACUAACUGGCCCACUCCUGGUGAAAUCGUCAAUAACAAGACAUGGGAGCCAGUUAUUACACCUGAGCAUCCACAAAACAGUAAACCACAACAGAACAAAAAGCCACUCACAAGAAAGGAACGGCCUGAGAAAUGCGACAGCAGUGAGAGCAAAGAGAACCAGCGAACCAAGUCUGACGAAUCACCAGAGGAGCGGAGCGCCGAUGAGGAUUCUCAGAAAUCUACACAGAAGAGGAAAGGGUACAAACAAAAAUGGGUCCCACUACAAUUGGAUGUAAAAUCAGAGGGAACACAGGAGAAGCCGGUGACCCGCAGCAACUUGCGGCCCCAGAAUGAGCCUCUGCGUCCACCAGUCAACAACAGGAAUGACUCCAAAGGUUACCAUCGUGAGGAGAAGCACGACUCACGGUAUUGGCGGGAAGACCGCGAUGAGAUAUCCAGUGUCAAAAGCGAGGGUGGAACAAUCCGGGGGGGUUUCAGGGGGCGAGGACGAGGACGAGGCCGGGGGAGGGGUCGUGGCAGAGGCAUUUCCCGCUCUCACUUUGACUACCAUUACACUUACAAUGCAAACACUGACGGCAAUGAUGGAUUGUACAGGCCAAAAUUUGGUGGUGAUAUCAUCUAUUACUAUGACAAUCAGAGCAGUGCAGAGCUGUACACUAUGGACAAAAAGCUGCUCAAAGACUACAUCAAGAAACAGAUUGAGUACUACUUUAGCUUGGACAACUUGGAACGAGACUUUUUCCUGAGAAGAAAGAUGGAUGCUGAUGGUUUCCUGCCAGUCUCAUUAAUUGGAGGCUUUCAUCGAGUCCAGGCGUUAACCACUGAUGUCAACCUUAUCUUGGAGGCUCUGAAGGACAGCACUGAGGUGGAGGUGGUGGAUAAAAAAAUCCGAAAGAAGGAAAACCCUGAGAAAUGGCCUCUCCCAGAGACAGAUUUCACACGACUACUGAACUGCCCAGAGUUCAUUCCUGGGCAGACGUACAAAAAACAGACAGAGUCUGCUCCAGGCUCUCCUCAAGCAGGCAGUGCUGCGAGUUCAAAGACUGAAGAACCCAGUAACUUGAAGACUUUGCCAAAAGGACUUUCCACAAGCCUUCCGGACCUAGACUCUGACACGUGGAUUGAAGUGAAGAAACGGCAUCGGCCAGCUCCUACAAAACCAAAGAAGUCUGAAGAACCCAAAUCACAAGUGUGUUUGAAGCCAGACCAAGAGGAACAAGAGGAGCUGGACUUCAUGUUUGAUGAGGAGAUGGAGCAGAUGGUUGGACGCAAGAACACUUUCACCGACUGGUCAGAUGAAGAUUCCGACUGUGAAAUUGAUGAUCAUGAUGUCAACAAGAUUCUAAUUGUGACACAGACCCCUCCGUACCUGAGGAAACAUCCCGGUGGGGACAGGACAGGGAAUCAUGUCUCCAGGGCAAAACUGACAUCUGAAUUUGGCAAGGUCAUCAAUGAUGGUCUUUACUACUACGAACAGGAUCUGUGGAAGGAGGAUUAUGAGCCCGAAUAUGCAACGAUAAAGCAAGAAGUGGAAAAUUUCCGGAAACUGCAUAUGAUCAGCCGAGAGGAAUUUAACACUCUGGCACCUGAACCACCCAUCGAUCCAAACCAAGAGGUUCCACCUGGUCCUCCUCGGCCACAGCAAGUACCUACGGACGCACUGGCAAACAAAUUGUUUGGUGCGGCUGAGCCACCAGUAUCUUGCAUAGCACGAUCUUUGCCAACGACAGUGCCAGAAUCACCAAGUUACCGGGGUGCGCGGACCCCUCGCACACCUCGCACGCCCAGAUUAAAGGAUCCAAGUCAAACACCCAGGUUCUAUCCUGUUGUGAAAGAAGGGAGGCCGUUGGAUGCGAAGACUCCCCGCAAGCGCAAGACGAGGCACAGCUCAAACCCCCCUCUGGAGAGCCAUGUGGGAUGGGUGAUGGAUUCAAGAGAGCACAGGCCAAGGACAUCCUCCUUCAGUUCAAAUGCCAGUCCUUCUGAAGGAAUCCCAGUGGCUGGUAGCUAUGGUUGCACGCCACAAUCUCUUCCCAAGUUCCAGCAUCCCUCCCAUGAGCUGCUGAAGGAGAAUGGAUUCACACAACAUGUCUACCACAAGUUUCGCAGGAGAUGUUUAAAUGAACGAAAGAGAUUGGGAAUAGGGCAGUCUCAGGAAAUGAACACUCUUUUCCGAUUCUGGUCAUUCUUCCUGAGAGAUCAUUUCAACAAGAAGAUGUAUGAAGAGUUCAAGCAGUUGUCUGUAGAGGAUGGGGACGAAGGUUACAGGUAUGGGUUGGAGUGCCUUUUCAGAUAUUACAGCUAUGGCCUUGAAAGGAAAUUUAGACCAGAGAUAUUCAAGGAUUUCCAGCAAGAAACCAUUGUGGAUUAUGAAGCAGGGCAGCUGUAUGGAUUAGAGAAAUUCUGGGCCUAUCUAAAGUAUUCAAAAGCUAAGAAUCUGGAUAUUGACCCAAAACUUCAGGAAUACCUCAGCAAAUUUAAACGCUUAGAAGAUUUCCGGGUGGAUCCUCCAAUUUGUGAUGAAGUUGGCCGCAAGCGACAUUCACUGGGAGGUGAAGAAAAGCGACGGCUGCCAUCCGUGUCUUCCAGUAAAACCUCUGGUGCUGCCAGCGAGGCCGAGAUUGGAUCACCGCUCCCCUCUCAAAGCAUGACCCAAGGAGCCAACUCUACUCCGAGCCUGGAGGGUGCUUCAGCAGAACGCCUGCAAGUUGAGACCACAGAUAAAUAGAGAGUUGACUCUUCCUCUCAACCCUGGAUCUUUAUUUGAACUUUGGUAUUGUCACCUCAAUGAGCUACAGAAAAACUGGGCUGAAUAUCAGACAUUCUUCAACGCUGGGCAGUGGGCAAUUGCAUCAACUGCCUGAAGACUUGUAUUCGGAGCUGGUUUCACAGCCUUCACCCAUACGAAUGAAUGUUGCAUGAAAACAAUUGUCUGAAAUAUAAUUCAUCUGCUUGAUUUGGGAGUCGACAAUACAGCUUCACUCAGAUAUCCAAAAAAAUCUGAACCCUUCCCCAGCGGAGAAUGGGAUUAAAAAGAUGCCUUAUUAUUGCCUGCUCCUGUUUUUGAGCAGCACGUAGUUAAAUUCUGCUCGCUCAGCUAAUAACUCUCCUAUUGGCCUGCUAAUGUUGAUAAAAUUAUCAGUUCCUUAUCCUGGAUUUUGAAUUGUCAAGGUUUUGUUUGCACCCGAUUACAAAUUACCGCAGGCGGGAUCGAAUAGGGAUGGUGAUUUAAAAUGCAGAUCCUAUUGCGUGACAGGUACUUUAUCUCAGGCCUUAUUCCAUUUGGUGGAAUGAACUUCAACAGCCUGAUAGCUAGAGAUACCGACGUUAGGAAGUAGCUCAUUGGCCCCACAUGAAACUCUCGAUCAGGGUCACUGCUGCAGUGUCUAUGGCCACAAAUCGUACUUGCUACUAUCCAGUUGUCUCUUUCAUUUUGUCGAACUCAAGCCAUCAACACCUUGAAAAAUUCUACAGUCUGAUUUCGUCAGAGCUGAUGAGCUGUCUGCUUGGAGUAGUAUUGCUGAAAUUAUAUUGGGCAACGUCAUUCUCAACUGUCAUGUGUUACGUAGGGAUGUCACGGUGUAGUUUAUUUUUGGUGUCCUGGUAAAGUGGUGAUCUGAAGUCCCAUCUAGCUUGUUAUCUUGGAAAUACAACCCUCACUAGGAGCCAAAGCAUCAUCUUGUUAAAUCAUCACUUUUAUUGUGGUCUGUGGUUAGCAGUAAAUGGGGAAAAAUUGAGCCUUGCAAUUGUUGCAGGUUUGCUGUGUCAGAGUAUAUUGGGAUGUGCUAUUGUAAUGCUGGUGAUAUCGGGAUUUAAUAUGUUGUGCUUGCUGUGCAUGUAUCUCAUGGAUGGCAUGAAUAGGCCCUGGAGGACGAGCUGGUGAUGAGAAAACCUGGCUGAGCCUUUCCAGCUCCAGCUCAAACUUGGGUUUGUUUGUCCCUCACAGAACUGCUGGCAAGUUUGAUCCCUCAGUAGCCCAAGGGUUGGGUGACACUUUUAGUGAGGAGAAUUAAUUUUCUCCGCCUUUCUUUCAAUGCAUUUAGAGCUCAUCCUCUUGUACUUCAUCAUUUUUUCGUGCUCUUUCUCCCCUUUUACAUCUCUCUUAGUCUACCUGUUUCUCUUGCAUGCAGCCCCUGCCUCUCGCACGCACGCACGCCCUCUCUCUUGCGUAUGCCCCUACUGUCUCUCAUGCCCCCUCUGUCUCUCUCACGCACAUGCCCCCUGUCUCUCUCGCUCAGUCAGUAAACUCUUUUCCUGAGGCUCCCCUCCCUCCCGGUUGAAGUGGCCUGAUUUAUUUGGGAUGUAUUCGCUAUUUGGGAAGUGUAUCUCCACGUGACUGGUCCCAUGCACCAAUGUAGAAUCUGGCAGGUAUCACUGAGUACAGCUUUUGUCUUCCUAUUUCCUUGGUGCUGAACUCACUGAAGGGCUAAACUCCUCAAUCCGUGCUGUUGGAUGUUUUAUCUAUCAAUGCUAAUUCUUACUGAAGAUGUGGGAUAAGAACUGCUGAUAAUAACUGCUGACCAAGCAGCUUGCUCAAUGUAGGGACUGUGGGAUAAAGUAUUAGUCCUGGGUAAUGGCCCUUCUUCCCAGGGCUGUCGUGCUUUUCAGGAGGAUGUGUCCCCUUUAACCUCACCACGAUUAGAUAUAUCCUGAAAAUGUUUGGUGAUGCUAGAAGCAAAAUUGCCUGACUGCAAACAUUUCCGGAUUGCUGCCUGAUGGUGUUUGAAGAGUCGAUUAUAACCUGACACUAGUUUGUGAUUUUGAAAACACAUUGUUUACAUUUCACAUUUCCAGUCAUCCCAUAAACUUCCAGGAUUCCUGUAACUGACUCCCUGGAGCUCCAGGACUGAGAUCACUCACAGGACACUGGUUUUCUCUACUUAACCAGAAUGUUCAUACAUAACAGAUUGAUUUAUUUGCAACUAAGAGGCUGGAUUGUUGGUGUAAUUCAGGUGGAGAUCCCUGAAUGCACAACCAGCACAGUUCUGGUAAUGUGAAGCUGCUUUUAUUUAAUGAAUUUCUUUAAAAAUGCCUCUGAAACAAGAACAUGUUUUAUUUCAGGUAAUUUGGAAUAUUCGUAGAGCUUCUCUUUGCCGUUUAGUGUACUGAAAUCACACUGUUGCAGUUAAAAUUCCAGUGUGUGAUUCACGGGACAAUUUGUAUAUAACGCAAGUCCACAAGCUUGUAGCUGAAUGUCUUUUUUUCCUAAGUAAGAAAUCUUUAAGAAUCUAGCCAUAUUUGCCAAAGAAAAAAUCUGGGUUUCGCAGAUGCUGAAUACAAGUCAGUUGCAUACGUUUAAACAAAAGGUGCUGUGGAUUUAUUCUAAGCGAAAAAUGCAGCUUGUGUGGUCAAUUCAUGUUAUGGGCAUUUCCCUUCUUCCGUCCCCACCCUUUGAAUCACUUGCCUCUGAUGAUCCAUCCCCAAUUUUUUUCACCACAGGAGCACCAGCCUGUUUCACCUGCCGUGCCUCCAUUCAGCAGAGUAAACGCCUUCUCCCCAUGCAUCACCGCUUCAUUUUCGAUCAUGGCUCUUGCCCAUUUUGCCCUACUUUGCUGUAGUCACUACCUGGUGACAGCAUAAUGAUUACUUAAAAUGCAUCAAGCUAGAAACCUGCUUUACACAUCUGUUGUUAACUAUCCAAUACUGAACUAAACUAGCCCUCCAUGUGACACUAUCUAAACAUCGCUCUCUCAGGCCAGUGAAAUUCAGGCCUGGAGAUAAUUGAGCCAUGUUACUUGCAGCAGUUUUACCCAGAUUGAGACAGUAACCAACUCGGGUCUGCUCGGUAGAAAACUUAGGAGAAAAAAAUGGUUGUAAACAUCCUACAAGUGUCUUGUGCUGAAGUACAUUAGAACUAACAUCACCGUGAAAGUCGGACCUUUGGCAUACAGAAUACUGAAUCUACACUAACUCUUCUGAGAACCAGCUUUAACUUGCGAUGUAACGUGCACUCCCCAGGACCAUUCUUUGCGCUCUCUUUGAUUCACUUAGUUCUGCCCAUUCUCCCUUCAGGUUUUAAAGUUCUGGCUUUUUCUUGGGUGCCCUGUCAAAACAUGGACAAUAUUUGGUUGUCCCCAAAUGGUUACGUGAUUUCUGUUUAGAAAUCGUAUUUAGAGCUUGUAAGCCUAUUUUCCAGGAGACUUCCCAUGCAGAAUAUAAAGUUCAUAAACUGAAGUUUGGAGUUCACUGAACCAAAGUUAUCUCAUGAGCUCCCAAGAGCUGCAAAAUGAAUUGAGAGUACGUGGUGAUGUGAUGAGUGUUUGGUAAAAGCAAAAUGUCCCUCAGUCAUUCAGGAUCAUCUCACCUGUAAAAACCCAUUAAUCAUCUGAUUUCCACUAGAGUUAGAAGCUGUUGGGUAGAACAUAAUAGUCACCUCUCUGGAAAUGAGCUGUUACCAUCAGGCUUGUUCACUGAGUAAUUGUUGCUGAGUGCGAUUAAUGGAGCAAAGCUCCAGCUGCCCAACUGCAGUAUGAACUUCCUGUUAAUUGUUCUGCUGUAAGCAUGAUAAAGGAUGAGGGUAUUGAGCAGGGGUUCUGUGUGGAGUGGCACGGGUUCAGGUGAGUAAGACAGAGUGGUUAUGGGGACUAGGGGCAGGCUCGGGAACUGCAGGCUGAAUAUUUCAGUGCACUGAGGCAGUCAGCAAAUGAUGGGAAAUUACUAUCUGUCCAGCCAGCUAGGGGUUGAGUUUGUGUUGAUGCAGAUAGUGUUUGCGGCACAGAUUUGGCAGCUUCUGGUAGAACGGAACUUGAAGAGUAACUCUGUUCAAAUACUCUGCAAGUUGGGUGAGUCCAAACGCAUCUUUAAAACUGCCUUGUAAAAUUCUUGGGAUUUUUGGACUGGAGGGUGGGGGGGGGCGGGGUGGACAGAAUGAAGAGGAAGAAUAUACUGCUCUGGAGAAAGUUAAUUCCUUUGCUGAUACUCAGUUCUCAGGUGGUUGAGCAGUGCCUGAUGGCUCAGACAUUGUGCUGAAUUUGGAGAGUUUCUUGCUGUGGUUGGGUUUGCACUGGUUUUCUUUUUGAUGGUUGUGGAAUACUUGCCUCUGCAGCCUUCCUCCAAUGCGUUUAUACUAGUGAUAUUCUUCCAUUUCACUUCAAUCUCUAGUCAGUUCACAAACAUGACUAAGUCAUUGUUUAAUGUUAAUAAAUUCAACUGAAUUUAAAGCCUCUCACUAAGUGGGAUGGAGUUUAUUGUGAUGUUUAAUUUGAAUGCAAGAGUUUGCCCAUUCAGGAGUGCAGAGACUUGGGGACACUGGAGACUUUGGGUUGAUCUCUAUUAAUAAAGUCACUGGAGCACCGAAUGGCUUCCCUUUUAGAUCAAAGUAAUUCAAAGUCUAGCUCCCAAUAAUGUCUCAUCGCUGCUAAAUUUGGAAAUCUCCUAACCUAUUGACUUGUGCUUCCAAGCCUGUUCCUCUGUCAUGAGUGCUUGACUUUUGAUGGUCUUUGGUCUCCAUCGCCAGGAGUGUCGAUAAGAUAUUCAGUUAUCAGUGCAGCCAAUUCAAAAUUGACAGCUUGAUGAUUUGCAAAGGGGGUGCGGUACUUUUAUGAGCCAUGAACAGGUCUGCAGUUAUCCAGCAGUUUGAGUAGGUUGAGUGCACACAGUGGGACACUGGUCUGAAGUGGAAUGCUCAGAGUGCCUGUUAGGAUGCCGGUGAAUCUCCUUAUGCUGGCUGCUGUAAUACUAGAAAUUACCACAUGCAGACUUAUCCCACUUUUAAAACAAAACUUGUAAGAUACUUGAACAAGAGCUUGUAACAUAAACUUAAUCAUUUAGAGUCUUUGCUUUUUAGUCUGAUGUGGUUCCUUCUGGCUAGUGUUUUGCCCUUUGUAAUUUGUGGUAACUCUGCUUUCCUUUUAUAUAAAAAAUCAAUUAAAAUUCACAAAAAAAUUAAAAAAAACACUAAAAUGAAAA